AUGGCAAUCGACGACCAGAAUCUUAACCUCUCUAUCGUAGAGGCUUCAAUUGUCUCUCUUGCAUCUGCACUGUCUCAAGGCCAUACCAACAGCGUUGAACUGACCGCCAAACACUUGCUGAGAAUCGCCAAGUAUGAUCACCGAACCACUCAGCUCAACGCUAUCCCAGUCAUCAAUCAAGAUAUGUUUGAUGCUGCACAAGCAUCAGAUCAACGUCGCUCCAUGGGCAAGACACUGGGUUUGCUGGAUGGAAUUCCCUGCACGAUCAAAGACUCUUACAAGAUCAGAGGUAUGACUGUAGCUGCUGGGUCUCCCGCUUUCAAAGAUCUCGUCGCAAAUGAAGACGCGUUUACUGUUGAGAAGCUGAGAGACGCUGGGGCUGUGUUCUUGGGUCGUACCAACAUGCCUCCAAUGGCUGCUGGUGGCAUGCAACGAGGCGUUUAUGGUCGUGCUGCGUCACCAUACAAUGAGGCCUAUCUCACGGCUGCUUUUGCUUCGGGAUCGUCCAAUGGAUCUGCCACAGCGACCGCAGCAAGCUUUGGCGUCUUUGGUAUGGGAGAAGAGACCAUCUCAUCCGGCCGUUCACCUGCUUCCAAUAAUGGUUUGGUAGCAUACACUCCAUCCAGAGGACUCAUCUCAAUUAGAGGCAACUGGCCCCUUUUCCCCACCUGCGACACUGUAGUGCCUCACACAAGAACUGUGGAAGACAUGUUUGCGCUUCUGGAUGUCAUCGUAGCUGCGGAUGACAAGACGAGCUGCGACUUUUGGCGGGAGCAGCCUUUCGUCAAGCUCCCCGAUGUCAAUUCUGUGCGACCAAAGACGUUUUUUGAUCUGUCUGAUCCUGAUGCUCUCAAGGGCAAGAAGAUUGGAGUUCCAAAGAUGUACAUUGGCGGCGUCGACUCUGACCCGGAUGCACGCAAGGUUUAUACCCGCGAUAGCGUUAUCGACCUUUGGAAACAGGCCAAGACCAUACUUGAGGGACUAGGCGCUAUUGUUGUCGAGACUGACUUUCCACUCGUCACCGAGUUCGAGAAACCCGUUGGUGGUGAGAGCAGGUCGGAAACACCGCCUCAUCGCAAUGAGAUCGACAUGUGCCAGUUGAUGGCCUAUUCCUGGGACGACUUCCUGGCUGCAAAUCAAGAUUCCAAAGUGGCAACAAGUCUUGCACAAGUCGAGUCAUCGACCAUAUUUCCUCAUCCUCCUGGAUGUCUGCCGGAUAGAUACGACGCCAACGAUCCUCUCGUUCGGCAUACAGCUGUCGUUGCCCACAUCACUAAUGGCCGGGUCCCGACUUACGAGAUCCCUAAUCUUGCAACGGCACUUCAGAACCUUGAGUCAAAGCGCAAGUCGGCGUUUGAAGACUGGCUUGAUGCUUUGAAGUUGGACAUGCUUGUGUGGCCUUGUAAUGCCGAUGUGGGCAAAGCUGAUGCAGAUAUCAACGAGGAGUCUGCAAAGCAUGCAUGGCUCAAUGGUGUUCUGUAUUCGAACGGGAACUGCGCUAUUCGCCAGUUUGGUAUACCGACUGUCAGCGUGCCAAUGGGUGUCAUGGCUGAUACGAGAAUGCCCGUCAAUCUCACCUUCGCAUCAAAGGCUUAUGAUGACAAGAACUUGUUUCGAUAUGCAUAUGCCUUUGAAAAGGGCAGCUUUCUUCGUCAGCAGCCAUCGAGAACUCCACAGCUGGUGACAGAUACCAUUAUGGGCGGACUAGAGAGUAAGGCCAUCGGGUCAGCACCACCUCAACUCACCAUGGAUGCCACGGCGUCGAUUAUAGAUGGAGAGAGGCAAUUGGCAAUCUUUGGUACAGUUGAUAAGGACGAAUUGAGUGAGUUGCAUGUUUAUGUUGAUGGGGAGGAGUUGAAAGACGUCAAGAUUGCCAAUGGGAAAUGGGGGGUACAGGUCAAGACGAAGGAAGCGCAGAGGCCCCAACCAGAGGAAAUCAGCGUCCCUGAUUUCAGCAAGUCAAUGGUCUUGGCUUUAGUCAAAGGCAAGAAAGGAAGAUCUACUGCCAGCAUGAUAUUUAUUUAG